ACGUAGGAGGAAGCCGCUGAUUUGAAUUCGGGGCUGAAGUGAAAAGGAAGGAUCCAUUUUUCUCUUGCCUCAAACACCAUCUCUGGCCCUCACUCCUCUUUUGUGACCUAAAAAAAAUCUGUGGUGCAAGGUUCAAAUAAUGCUGGUCAAUCCUACCUUGAAGGAAGGACUUCCUGCAUGGCCUUUACAGCAGAAGGGAAGCUAAGAUGUGAAUUUUCCCACAACAAUUGCCACAAUAAAAGAUAUGGGAACCAAUGGACUUCAAAGAAUGUGGUGGCCAGAGUCAAAAUGACCACCGAAAGGACUCCCACUUCAGUUGGGGCCUUGAUUUGCAGACUGUGGUAGAGCCAAAGACAAAAAUGGAAGAAGACGACCCAUCCGAUCUGCAACCUGGGACAGACUUGGAGGAAACAUGUCCCACUCAUGUUAGCCGGAGCGAAUUUCCAAGCUGCGUGAUUAAACAGGAGCCGGAGGAGGGUUUGACACACCACUGGGAAACACAGUGGCAAGCAUUCCUGAAGACUGUGGAGUCCCCACACUUGCAGUGGGGGGACCCAAAGAAGAAGGAAGAAGCAACAGAGGACCUGAAGUUGCCGCUCGCUUCUUUGGAAGGGCCAGCUGAUGCCAGCCAACAGCCUAGAACCCAGCGAUGGCUUCGAAGCUGGCUAGGCCUUGAGAAGGAAUCUCAGUUGGUUCAAAGCCCCCUGGAAGAUAAUGGUGUGGCAAACACUGCAGAGGUGAAAGAAGAGAUUCAAGAGGAGACAAUGGAAAGCACUGAGGUCCAGCGCCUCUGCUUCAGGCAGCUGCGCUACAGAGAAGGAGAUGGGCCACGUGUGAUUUGCAGCCAGCUCUGGUAUCUCUGCCACCAGUGGCUGAAGCCAGAGAGGAACACCAAGGAGCGGAUCCUGGAACUAUUGAUCCUAGAGCAGUUCCUGACUGUCCUGCCCCUGGAGAUCCAGAUCUGGCUGAGGGAGAACAGAGCCGAGACUUGUGCCCAGGCAGUGGCCCUGGCUGAGGAUUUCCUGUCGAGACAGGGAGAGGCUAGAACAGGAGAGAAGCAAUGCCUGCAGCCAGUUAGGAAUGAUGGAUCCAUGAAUUCCUCUCAAGAAGAGUCAACUCUCUUGGACUCCGAAGAAACCAAGCCAAGGGAUCUAGGCUUCAUGGGGAAUGAAUCUUCCUUUGCCAUAAAAAGUGUUAGCUGGAUACCCGAAAACGAGGAGAAAGAUCAUGCCCUGGGAUUUAUAGAUCGAAUGGAGCCACCUGGGUCAUUGUUGGAGGAACCAGAAGUGAGGCUGUUUCGUUGUCCCGCUCAGGAAAUUGCUUUGGAGGGUCCACCCCGGCCUAAUAGGCAGCGAGGAAACCACAAAAGCAGAGGAGUGGGGAACUCCAUUUGUUACAGGAGAGCACAUGGGGAUCUCGCCAAAACGACAGCCCAACUGAAGAUUUCCACAGGUGAGAGGCAAAAGACAUGCAACAUUUGCCAGAAAAGCUUCAGCUGGAGCACCGAUCUUAUUAAGCACAUGAGGACCCACACAGGGGAGAAACCUUACAAGUGUUUGGAUUGUGAGAAGAGCUUCAGCCAGAAAUCGGACCUGAAUAUCCACCAGAGAAUCCACACAGGGGAAAAGCCCUUUAAAUGCUCUCACUGUGGAAAGAGCUUCAGCAGGAGCACAAACUUGAUCGUGCAUGAGAGAUCACACACCGGCGAGAAGCCCUAUGAAUGCUCUUACUGCACAAAGACCUUCUGUGCUGGGUCACAGCUAAUUACCCACCAGAGAAUCCACACAGGAGACAAGCCCUAUAAAUGUUUUGAGUGUGGGAGAACCUUUAGCUGGAAUGCGACCUUCAGAAGGCACCAGAGAACCCACACAGGGGAGAAACCAUAUAAAUGCUUGGCAUGUGGUAAAAGCUUCGGCUUCAGGUCUGUUCUUCUGGCUCAUGAGAGGACCCACACAGGAGACAAGCCCCACAAAUGUUCGGACUGUGGGAAAAGCUUCAGCCAGAGGGCGCACCUGAAUAGUCAUCAGAGAAUCCACACUGGAGAGAAGCCAUUUCAGUGCUCACAGUGUGGGAAAAGUUUCAGUCUGCGAUCGGUUCUGAUUGCUCAUGAAAACACCCAUGCUUUAGAGAAACCACACAAGUGUUUGGACUGUGGGAAAAGCUUCAGUAACAAAUCCCAGCUUACCAACCAUCAGAGACUUCAUACGGGAGACAAACCCUAUAAGUGUGUUGUUUGUGGGAAAACCUUCAAUUUGAGCACCCUCCUUACUGGACACAUGAGAACCCACACAGGAGAAAAGCCAUACAAAUGCUCACACUGUGAGAAAAGCUUUGGUGGCCGAUCCACCCUUGUUGCGCAUGAGAGAACCCACACGGGAGAGAAGCCACACAAAUGCCCAGAGUGUGGGAAAAGCUUCAGCCAGAAAACAAAUCUUAAUAGCCACCAGAGAACCCACACUGGGGAGAAGCCACAUAAAUGUUUAGACUGCGGGAAGGGCUUUAGCCAGAAAUCGCACCUCCUCACGCAUCGACGAGACCACACAGGAGAGAAACCUUUUAAAUGUGCCUGUUGCAAUAAAAGCUUUAGCGCCAGGUCAACCCUUGUGGCACAUGAGAGAACCCACACAGGGGAGAAAUCACACAAAUGCCAAGACUGUGGGAAAAGCUUCAGCCGGAAAGCACAUCUUGCUAGACAUGAGAGAACACAUUAUGCAGGGAAACCGGUUUUAGCGUUGAGUCAAUAGACUGUACUCUGACCAGGAUGGUCCGAUCUUAGUAGCUUAGCCAAGUUGGUUCUGGAUAGGAUUUGAAUAGGAAACCAUCAAGGAAAUCCAGAGUCACUGUGAAGAGGCAGGCAAUGGCCAAUGGCAAAUAGCCUCUGUUUGUCUCUUGCCUUGAAAACCCUACAGUGUCACUAUAAGGCAGCUACGAGGAUGGAUUUUCGCACAAGGGAAUCGGUCUCCACAGGGAAUAAUGGAAUGCCCAACAUUUCCCUCCCUGCUUUCUGAAGCGGGGAGAGGGCCUUCAAACUGGGGGAUCCUCUGCCCCCACCUGGGGAUUGGCAACCCCACCCCAUGAAAAGACUCCUAUCUCCAGUAAUCACCCUAAGGUCUUAGUUAGUGGACAGAUUCACAUGGGAGUAAACGGUCCUUAAGAUACUCUUGUCCCAGACCAUAAAUAUUUCUGAUCC